AUGGACCCCAAUAGUCCGAUGGCGCCGCCAUCACGAAGCGCAACCAUGCCAUUGCGAGACCCGCCUCCUGGGGCGGGAUACGGCGAUUAUGAUUACCCCGCGGCCACAAUGAGCGGAGAAAUGCCCCCACGCCCCAACACCGCCGGUAGUAUGCGACCUCCGCGGGCUCGGGCUCCGCCUGGUGCGCCUGGUGCACCUGGCAACGGCCUUGGUGCAGGGUUGAUGAUGCCUCCUCCUGACCCGACCAAUCGAGUUUCAUACGCGCCUAAGGAUUUCCUGGACACCUACUACGAUAGUAACAAUGAUGAUGAGCCCGAUAUGCCCAACUUUGAUGCAAUCCCGCAUAGCAAUGGCCCGGUAGAUGAGAUGGGUUUGGAAGCACCGAGGCCUAAGAUUCAGACACAAGGCUCUCCAGGCUCUCCAGGUAGCGGCCAAUAUGCACCCUAUUCUCCGGGUGGUCCAGUAACACCCCAGUCUCAACCCCAUUCGAAUCUUCGACAAGGCAAUGCGCCUAACGAGUUUGAAAAUGCCGGCUUCAAUUUCGGUAUUGGUGGUGACACUUCACCGGCUGCUUCUGGAUAUGGAAACUCACCCAAUGGGUACGAUCAGUCUGGUGGCUACUUCCCUCAUGAAGCUGCGCCUGCAUAUUCUGCAGCUCCUCCGGGUUCUGUUCCUCCCGGCCCCCCCGGCCACCAAGGAUAUCCGUAUGAAAAGUCACCCGAUGCUCAGCAAAAUCUUGAUACUAUGCCCUCUCGCGGGACACCCUUCCGACCAGGCCACGACCAAGCCGCAAAGCCCGCACCAGUUCGAAACUACAACAACGCGCCCGCGCCCACGCAAACCCCAGCUGCUGCUCCUCAGCCAGCGACUACAGAUGGUCAGACCCCCAUCACACAUGAUGAGCUUGAGAGAUUGCAACAAAAGGCCCGAGGCAAUCCUUCAGAUCAGGCGACUCAGCUUCUACUAGCAAAGAAGUUAGUGGAGGCUGCCACUGUUCUUGUGGCAGAAAAUAGUCGGCUCGAUCCCAAAACAAAAGCAAAGGCAAAGGAGAAGUAUAUCGGCGAUGCACACAAAAUAGUGAAGAAACUAUCCCAGGCCGGAUACGCAGACGCACAGUUCUACCUCGCUGAUUGCUAUGGAGAAGGUCAGCUGGGAUUGGAAGCUGAUCCGAAGGAGGCAUUCAACUUAUAUCACUCUGCUGCAAAGGCUGGCCACGCCCAGUCAGCGUACAGAGUGGCUGUCUGCUGUGAGAUCGGCUCGGAAGAAGGCGGUGGAACAAAGCGGGAUCCGUUCAAAGCUGUGCAAUGGUAUAAGCGUGCGGCGGCUCUGGGCGAUACACCAGCGAUGUAUAAGAUGGGUAUGAUCCAUCUCAAGGGUUUACUUGGGCAAGCUCGCAAUCCUCGCGAGGGUGUUUCGUGGCUCAAGCGUGCAGCUGAACGUGCCGAUGAGGAGAACCCACAUGCCCUUCACGAGCUGGCUCUCAUGUAUCAAACCGCUUCCGGCAAUGAUUCGAUCAUUCGCGACGAGGCAUAUGCCAGUCAACUCUUCCACCAGGCUGCCGAAUUGGGCUACAAAUUCUCUCAGUUCCGUCUCGGUACUGCAUACGAGUAUGGUCUGAUGGGAUGCCCCCCUGAUAACCGCAUGAGUAUCAUCUGGUACACUCGCGCUGCUGCCCAGGGCGAACACCAAAGUGAACUUGCUCUUAGUGGCUGGUACCUUACGGGAUCAGAGGGAGUUCUGCAACAGAGCGACACAGAAGCAUAUCUCUGGGCGCGGAAAGCAGCUACGGCUGGACUUGCCAAGGCCGAGUAUGCUAUGGGUUACUUCACCGAAGUCGGAAUCGGUGCCGCUGCUAAUCUGGAUGAUGCGAAGCGAUGGUACUGGCGUGCAGCGGCGCAAGGUUUCCCCAAGGCAAGGGAACGUCUUGAAGACCUCAAGAAGGGUGGAGGCAGAAUGCAAAAGACCCGUCUCUCUCGCGCCGCUUACAACAAGCAAAGUGAUGGAGACUGUGUUCUGAUGUAA